AUGGGCGAAACGUACAAUGAAACGAAAACCGAAGGUGAUGUGCUGGCUCCAGUGCAGUCACAAGCUGCUGGUGAAGUACACAUCGACACCGCUUACACCCACGAUGCGGUCUUUGGAGAGAUUACCAGUAAAGGACCCAACUAUCGGAACGUGGGAUGGUUGGGCACCGUUGCCCUGAUGAUGAAAACACAGAUCGGACUCGGCGUCCUCUCUAUUCCUGCGGUCUUCGACACGUUGGGCCUGAUACCAGGCGUCAUCUGCUUGGUUGCUAUUGGUGCUAUCACAACCUGGUCCGAUUACAUCGUGGGUGUCUUCAAGCUUCGCCAUCGUGAGGUAUACGGAAUUGACGACGUGGGCGCUCUGCUCUUUGGUCGACUUGGGCGAGAGUUUUUGGGGGUUGCAUUUUGUCUCUAUUGGACCUUUGUUGCCGGCUCUGGUAUGCUCGGGCUUUCAAUCGGCUUGAACGCAGUUUCGACCCAUGGGGCAUGUACAGCUGUGUUUGUGGCGGUCGCAGCUAUCGCAGGUUGUGGACUCGGGAGUAUACAGACCCUGGGUCGCAUCACAUGGCUUGCGUGGAUUGGAGUGGUUGCCAUUAUCACUGCCAUUCUCUGUGUCACGAUCGCUGUCGGUGUCCAGAGCCGCCCGUAUGCUGCUCCCAAGGAGGGCGUAUGGGUAUCUGACUACAAGCUCGUGAAUAGCCCGAGCUUCACCGAUGCCAUGUCGGCAUGCUCAGCCCUUGUCUUUGCCUAUGCGGGAACGCCGGGGUUCUUUUCCGUCGUUGCAGAGAUGCGGCAGCCUCGUCACUACACCCGCUCACUAUUGGUCUGCCAGGGCCUGGUGACUGCCAUCUACGUCUCCAUCGGAUGCGUCGUGUAUUACUAUUGUGGUUCUUACGUCGCUUCUCCUGCCCUCGGCUCAGCGGGCCCGACCAUGAAGAAAGUGUCCUAUGGGUUUGCACUUCCUGGGCUGUUGGUGACCACCACGCUGACCAUCCACUUGCCCGCCAAAUAUAUCUUCGUUCGCCUCCUCCGCGGCUCUAGGCACUUGACUUUGCACACAGUCACCCACUGGACGUGCUGGCUGGGCUGUACCAUCGGCAUCGCACUGACCUCCUACAUCAUUGCCAGCGCCAUCCCAGUUUUUGGCGGCCUCGUUUCUCUGAUCGGCGCCUUACUUGGCACGCUGAUGUCUUUUCAACCCAUGGGCUGUAUGUGGCUUUAUGAUCACUGGAAUAGCGAUCGAACACUGAAAUGGAAGUUGAUGGUAUGCUGGAGCGUUUUCGUGAUUCUUUCGGGAACCUUUCUCAUGGUGGGAGGUACCUACGGUUCUAUCGUGGGCAUCAUCGACAGUUAUAAAGCUGCUGGAGGAUCCGCGGCGUGGUCUUGUGCCGACAAUUCCAACUCGGUGUGA